GCGGUGCCCCACCAAGAAGCCAGCAUCAACGUUCCCACGCCUGCCUAAAGUCUCCAGCAGCAUCACGGCUAUGGGUUGGGAAGCAGUAGUGGCCAUGGGAUCGGUUAGCAGGAGGAUUUUUCCUCUUUCUCUUCUUCUCUUUCUCUUGUUUGAUCUCUUGCUUAAUACUGUUGGAGGUGAAGCUGCUAAGGUUCCGGCCAUCUAUGUGUUCGGCGAUUCCACUGCCGACGUCGGCAACAACAACUACUUGCCGGGGAACAGCCCCAGGGCCAACUUCCCCCACAAUGGCAUCGACUUCCCCUUCUCCAGGCCCACUGGGAGGUUCAGCAACGGCUAUAACGGCGUCGAUUUCUUGGCCAUGCAUAUGGGCUUUCGGAGGAGCCCUCCACCUUUUCUCUCUCUCACAAAUAAGACAAAGCACCAAAUUAUGAGGGGAUUAAAAGGAGUAAACUUUGCUUCUGGAGGAUCAGGAAUUGCUCUAGAGUCAAUGGGGAGCACGAUUAGCAUGACAAAGCAAAUACAAAACUUUGCUAUGAUAAAAUCAAAUAUUACAGCAAGAAUCGGUACCAAGACUGCAGAUUAUUUGCUCUCCAGAUCCAUCUUCCUCAUUAGUACUGGAGGCAAUGACAUCUUCGCUUAUUAUUCUCAGAUUAACUCUCCCAACAAUACAGGAGAGGAACUAUUCGUUACUACUCUUGUCUCAAAAUAUGGUGACCAUGUGAAGGAACUAUACACACUUGGAGCAAGGAAAUUUGGAGUAGUUGAUGUCCCACUCAUUGGAUGCUGUCCUUACCCAAGAAGUCUUAACACCACGGGUGGUUGCAUUGAUAUGAUGAAUGAGUUGGCUUUGGGGUUCAACAAUGCUGUGAGAGCUCUCAUGCAGAACCUUAGCUGGACACUGAAAGGGAUGAAAUACUCGAUUGGAAGUUCAUAUGCGUUGGUGUUAAGCGUAAUGAAAAACCCUGAAGCACUUGGUUAUAAAGAGAUAAAAACUGCUUGUUGUGGAGCUGGUAAGUUCAAUGCUCGAACUGGAUGCACACCAAAUGCCACCUAUUGUUCUGAUCGUCACCAUUACCUGUUCUGGGACAUGCUACAUCCAACACAUAGGACUUCUAAGCUUGCAGGCCUAGCCAUAUAUUAUGGCUCUCAGAAAUUUGCGACGCCCAUCAAUUUCAAGCAGUUGGUGGAGGAUAAGGUGUAAGAAGCUGGUUGAUCGAUGAAUUAGCAAUGAAUGGAAGUGAUUCUUUGAUGUAAAUCGAUAUCCUGUCAGAAUCGGGAAGCUCCAUUGCAUGUAAGCCGAAGUGAGAGUAGGUCAAAUAUGUUAGUUGUUGGAUUUUAUCUAGAUUUUGUGUAUGGACAUUAUAAGUUGGUGUUUGAUCGAAAUCAUGGAUAAGGAGAUGGAAUUGUUGUAUCCAUAUAUAAUGGGGUGAAAGCUUAAGAUGGUGAACAGUUAUUUCUUACCAAUGGGCAAGUGGUUUUCUAAUAAACUAGGCUCUGUGCUUCCUGUAUAUCAGAAGGAUUUUUACCGUUGUGUUUUAUCUGUGCAGUUCAAGUUUUUAAAUAUCUGGUAUCAGUGGUGUGAACAAUGAUGCGGACUUAUCCAGGAGAUGAAGGGCUAAGAAAAAUUUAAGCAUUCAGAGAGUGGGAGCAGUAACUCUCAUUGUAAUAAAUAAAUUGCCUGUUGUUUAUUUAUUUAUUAUUAGUAUGGUUGUUUUUCG